AUGGGUGACUACUCGAAAGCACUUGAAUUUUACGAAAAAUCACAUAAAAUCUACGAAAAAGCUCUGCCUCUGAAUCAUCCUCAUUUGGCUACUUCCUAUACUUGCAUUGGUCAAGUGUAUAACAACAUGGGUGACUACUCGAAAGCACUUGAAUUUUACGAAAAAGAUCUCGAAAUCACGAAAAAAGCUCUGCCUCCGAAUCAUCCCGAUUUGGCUGCUUCCUAUACUUGCAUCGGUCAAGUGUAUAACAACAUGGGAGACUACUCGAAAGCAUUUGAAUUUUGUGAAAAAUCACUUAAAAUAAGAGAAAAAGCUCUUCCUCCGAAUCAUCCUCAUUUGGCUGGUAGUCACAUGAGUUUUGCAACGUGUUACGAAAGAAUGGGUGAUUACGCAGCAGCUCUUAAGGCUCUUCAAAGUGCUUUUCAAAUUCAACAACAAGCAUUUCAAGAAGGUAAUCCAGCUUUUGCUUCAACAUAUGGUUGGCUCGGAAGAGUUUAUCGCAGUAUGAAAGAUUACUCAAAAGCACUUGAUAAUUUUGAGAAGUGUCUCUCAAUAUAUCUGAAAACGUUACCUGAAAAACAUCCCUAUCAGGCUAUUACAUAUAGUAAUAUUGGUGAUGUUCAUCGAUUAAUGGGUGAUGAUGAAACGGCACUUGCAUUUCAUCAAAAAGCAUUAAAUAUUCAAGAAAAUGUUCAAUGUAAUCCUCUGGAAUGUGCAAUGACAUAUAUAAAUUUAGGUGAAACUUAUCGUGAAAUGAAAGAUUAUUCAACAGCAUUGACAUAUUUCGAAAAAGGAUUAGAAAUACGUGAGAAGAAAUUACCAAAAAAUCAUCCUGAUUUAGCUGUUGUAUAUCAUAAUAUGGCAAAAUUAUAUUUGGCUACACGAAAAUAUAGUGUGGCAAUGAAAAAUGUUCAACAAGCGAUAGAUAUAGCUCAAGAAAAAUUACCUUCAACUCAUCCUCAUCUUUUGGAAUAUAAAGAAACAUUUGAACAAAUUCGAAAGGAAAUGUAA